CCACCAUCUACUACUACACCAACAGUAUCAACAUCUACAACUACACCAUCAAUACCACCAUCUACAACUACACCAUCAAUACCACCAUCUACUACUACACCAACAGUAUCAACAUCUACAACUACACCAUCAAUACCACCAUCUACUACUACACCAUCAAUACCAGCAUCUACUACUACACCAUCAGUACCAACAUCUACUACUGCACCAUCAGUACCACCAUCUGCUACUACACCAACAGGAUCAACAUCUGCUACUACACCAACAGUACCAUCAUCUACUACUACACCAACAUACCACCAUCUUCUACUACACCAUCAGUACCACCAUCUGCUACAACACCAACAGGACCACCAUCUGCUACAACACCAACAGGACCAACUACCACCAUCUGCUACAACACCAACAGGACCACCAUCUGCUACAACACCAACAGGACCAACGUCUGCUACUACAACAUCAGCACCACCAUCGACUACUUCACCAUCAAUACCACCAUCUACUACUACACCAACAGUACCAACAUCUGCUACUACACCAACAGUACCAACAUCUGCUACUACACCAACAGUACCACCAUCUACUACUACACCAUCAGUACCACCAUCUGCUACAACACCAACAGGACCACCAUCUGCUACAACACCAACAGGACCAACGUCUGCUACUACAACAUCAGCACCACCAUCGACUACUUCACCAUCAAUACCAUCAUCUACUACAACACCAUCAGUACCACCAUCUACUACUACACCAUCAGUACCACCAUCUACUACUACACCAACAGGACCAACGUCUGCUACUACACCAUCAGUACCACCAUCUACCACUACACCAUCAGUAUCACCAUCUACUACAACACCAACAGGACCAACGUCUGCUACUACACCAUCAGUAUCACCAUCUACUACAACACCAAAAGGACCAACGUCUGCUACUACACCAUCAGUACCACCAUCUACUACUACACCAACAGAACCACCAUCUACGACUAAAACAUCAGUAUCACCAUCUAUUACUACAUCAACAGGACCAACGUCUGCUACUACACCAACAGGAUCGACGUCUGCUACUACACCAACAGGACCACCAUCUACUACCACACCAUCAAUACCACCAUCUACUACAACACCAUCAGGACCACCAUCUACUACAACACCAACAGUACCAACAGCUGCUUCAACACCAACAGGACCAACGUCUGCUAUUACAACAUCAGUAUCACCAUCUACUACAACACCAACAGGACCACCAUCAACUACUACACCAUCAAUACCACCAUCUGCUACUACACCAACAGGACCACCAUCUGCUACUACAACAUCAGUACCACCAUCUACUACUACACCAUCAAUACGACCAUCUGCUACUACACCAUCAUACCAACAUCUACUACUAAACCAUUAG